GUCAAGGCAAAAGCAUCAAAACGCACCAGGACUAGGAGGAGAGCUUCCCGCUGAAAAAAGAAGAAGAAGAAAAAAACAUAACAUGGGAGAAAUGCAUUGAAAUGACAGCGGAGCGAGGAUAAUGAGAGCCGUUAUCGCUUCACAGGAAGGUCAUUCCCGAAAAACAUAAGCAGUGCGCAGACUAUACGGAUAUUUGGAGUACGUACCCGACUGCAAGUGAAGACCCCGAAACAGUGAAACAUAGUCCCGGCUGUUUAUUUUCACAGAACAAGGCAUGGGGGGAAUUACAUCUCGACAAGGCAGCACGGGCUAGAAGAUCUGACGAGCGGAAAGAGGACAGUGAAUAAGGACCUCGCUGCGGAGAGGAACUGCAUAACUGUGACUGUUUCUCCUCGUCUGUAAGCCGGCGGGCUCCAGUACCACAGCUGAUGACUGUCCCUCAGGUGGCUGGACUGCAGGGCUGAGCGGGAAGCCUGUGUGUUUGCUGAGGGGGUGCCCCGGCUUGUAUGUUGGUCACUUGCAGUUGCACUCGCUCACAAGGACCAUGUGGUUUUCUCCAAGGAGAAGUCGUCUCCCCUCGCAGAACUGGAACGGUGCCCACAGUUGCACCAAUUUCAGCGUGUCCUUGUGGGUGUUAAGUUUUUGCUGGUGCUUCACGGCCGUCAGAGGUCAGAACUACCACCCAACUGUAAACACGCAGUAUGGGAAACUCCGAGGGGUGAGGGUGCCACUGCCUAGUGAGAUUCUGGGGCCGGUGGAUCAGUACCUGGGGGUUCCAUAUGCCGCCUCCCCGGUGGGAGAAAAACGCUUCAUGCCCCCCGAACCUCCUUCGUCCUGGUCAGGGAUCAAGAACGCCACCCACUUUGCACCCGUCUGCCCCCAAAAUAUUCACAAUGCUGUGCCAGAGAUCAUGAUGCCAAUAUGGUUCACCUUCAACCUGGAUAUAGUUACCACGUAUAUACAGGAUCAACAUGAGGAUUGUCUUUAUCUAAACAUCUAUGUUCCAACAGAGGAUGUCAAAAGAAUAUCCAAGGAAUGUGCCAGGAAACCCAACAAGAAAAUGUGUAGAAAAGGAGGGGCCCAUGCAAAAAAACAGGGCGAGGAUUUAUCGGAUAACGACGGUGAUGAAGAUGAAGACAUACGAGAUACUGGUGCCAAGCCCGUGAUGGUCUACAUCCACGGAGGAUCCUACAUGGAGGGGACGGGCAACAUGAUCGAUGGGAGCGUCCUGGCCAGCUACGGAAAUGUCAUCGUUAUCACUCUCAACUACCGUGUCGGAGUCCUCGGCUUCCUCAGUACUGGUGACCAGGCUGCUAAAGGGAACUACGGGCUCCUGGACCAGAUCCAGGCUUUAAGGUGGAUCAGCGAGAACAUCGGCUUCUUCGGCGGAGACUCCAACCGCAUCACUGUGUUCGGUUCUGGGAUCGGCGCUUCCUGCGUCAGCCUGCUCACCCUCUCCCACCACUCUGAAGGUCUGUUCCACAGAGCCAUCAUUCAGAGCGGGUCAGCCCUCUCCAGCUGGGCGGUGAACUACCAGCCGGUCAAGUAUACGCGUCUCCUUGCAGAGAAGGUGGGCUGUAAUGUCCUGGACACCUUAGACAUGGUGGACUGUCUGAGGAAGAAGAGCUCCAGGGAGCUGGUGGAGCAGGACAUACAACCAGCGAGGUACCACGUGGCCUUUGGACCUGUAAUAGACGGCGAUGUUAUCCCCGAUGACCCCGAGAUCCUGAUGGAGCAGGGCGAGUUCCUCAACUACGACAUCAUGCUGGGGGUCAACCAGGGUGAAGGGCUGCGGUUUGUGGAGAACGUGGUGGAUUCAGAGGACGGCGUGUCUGGGAAUGAUUUUGAUUUCUCCGUCUCGGACUUUGUGGACAGCCUGUACGGGUACCCAGAGGGCAAGGACACACUGAGGGAAACCAUUAAGUUCAUGUACACAGACUGGGCAGACAGAGACAAUCCAGAGACCAGGCGCAAGACGCUGGUGGCUCUGUUUACCGAUCACCAGUGGGUAGAGCCAUCGGUGGUGACGGCUGAUCUCCACGCUCGCUAUGGCUCGCCCACCUACUUUUACGCCUUUUACCACCACUGCCAGAGCCUGAUGAAGCCUGCCUGGUCGGACGCCGCCCACGGGGACGAGGUGCCCUAUGUUUUUGGAAUUCCUAUGAUUGGUCCCACUGACCUUUUCCCCUGCAACUUUUCAAAGAACGAUGUCAUGCUCAGUGCUGUGGUGAUGACAUACUGGACCAACUUUGCCAAGACUGGGGAUCCCAACAAACCGGUUCCCCAAGACACCAAGUUCAUCCACACCAAGGCCAACCGCUUUGAAGAGGUGGCCUGGUCCAAGUACAACCCCCAGGACCAGCUGUACCUUCACAUCGGCCUGAAGCCACGUGUGCGCGACCACUACCGCGCCACCAAAGUGGCCUUUUGGAAACACCUAGUGCCCCACCUGUACAACCUCCACGACAUGUUCCACUACACCUCCACCACCACCAAAGUGCCCCCGCCAGAGACCACGCAGAACACCCUGUCCACCAAGAGGCCCAACGGGAAAACCUCCUGGCCGUUCAACACCAAGCGGCCUCCCAUGUCCCCAGCCUACAACAGCGAGGACAAAGACUCUUGGAGCGACGACGAGGAGACGGGACCGCUGGUGGUGGAGAAUCCGCGGGAUUAUUCCACAGAGCUCAGCGUCACCAUCGCUGUCGGAGCCUCGCUGCUGUUCCUCAACGUGCUGGCUUUCGCAGCCCUCUAUUACCGCAAGGACAAGCGGCGGCAGGACUCCAGCCACGGGCAGCCCAGCCCACAGCGCCAGACCACCUCCAACGACAUUGGCCACCAUGCGCCCGAGGAGGAGAUCAUGUCGCUGCAGAUGAACCAGACGCACCAUGAGUGCGAGGCGGGGAACAGCAACGAGGGGGCACUUCGUUUGGCCUCGCUGCCCGACUACACGCUCACUCUGCGGCGGUCUCCGGACGACAUCCCCCUCAUGACCCCCAACACCAUCACCAUGAUCCCCAAUUCCCUGGUGGGCAUGCCCAACCUGCACCCCUACAACACCUUCACAACCGGCUUCAACUCCACCGGCCUGCCGCACUCCCACUCAACCACCCGCGUAUAGCUUUA